AUGCCCCGUUCUUCUCGUACAUGUGAAUUAAUUUUCGACCCCGAGUUAGAGAAGACUGCGCGUAGAACAAGGAAAGAAACUAGACAAAUCAGAGAAGAGCACUCAAGUGCUACAUCUCAGAGACCUGAGCUAGAAGUUGACCCAACAGAUUCGUCUGGUGACACUUUGAGUGAUUCGGAUCAAGAGGAAGUCACUAUGGCUAAUACACGAACAUUAAGAGAGUUGGCUGCUCCUGAUUUAAAUCAGCAGCCUUUGUGCAUUACUUUCCUGAGUUUGAGUGAUAACACUUCCUUUGAACUAAAAUCUGGUAUAAUUCAUUUUCUGCCAUCUUUUCAUGGUUUACCAGGUGAGGAGCCUUACAAGCACCUGCAAGAGUUUGAUGUCGUGUGCAACAGUAUGAAACCUCCGGGCAUUACAGAAGAGCAAAUAAAAAUGAAGACAUUCUCCUUUUCUUUGAAGGACUCUGCAAAGGACUGGCUGUACUACCUACCACCAGGUAGUAUCACCACGUGGGACCAGCUGAAAAAAAAGUUCUUAGACAAGUAUUUUCCCGCGUCUCGAGCUGCAAGUUUAAGAAAGGAGAUCUGUGGUAUCAAGCAGCACCCAGGGGAGUCGCUUUACGACUACUGGGUGCAGUUUAAAAAGUUGUGCAUCAAGUGCCCCCAGCACCAAAUAAGUGAGCAGUUGCUCAUACAAUAUUUUUACGAGGGGCUACGCUUCAGAGAUUGGAGUAUCAUUGAUGCUGCGAAUGGAGGAGCACUGGUGAACAAGACCCCUCGAGCAGCGCAGGAGUUAAUUGAAGGAAUGGCGGAGAAUUCGCAGCAAUUUGGUACAAGAGAGGAUGUCCCGAUACGCAAGGUGAAUAAGGUAAAGACAUCCUCUAUCCAGCAGCAGCUGACUGAGUUGACUUCUUUUGUUAGACAACUGGCUGUAGGAAAUGCAUCUCAGGCCAAGGUGUGCGGAAUUUGCACUGGCAUAGGUCAUUCUACAGAGAUGUGUCCAAUGAUUCAAGAGGAAAGUGCAGAGCAAAUGAGCAUGGUUGGUCACGCGCCCGUGCCAAGAAAACCCUAUGACCCAUAUUCAAGUACCUACAACUCCGGUUGGAGGAACCACCCCAACCUCAGCUAUGGAGAGAACAGACAGUCUAAUUUCGUGCCAAAUAGACAACAAGGGUACCAGCAGCAGUACCAACCCCGACCACCUCCGCCACCGAGCUCUAGUCCAUCUUUGGAGGAGAUGAUGAAACAACUGAUGGCUACCACCGCGCAACAUCAACAAAAGACGGACUCCGAACUGCAAAACAUAAGAAAUCAGAUGAAUCAGAUGGCAGUGGCAAUCAAUCGCCUGGAAUCCCAAGUUUAUGAAAAAUUGUCGUCUCAACCUAAAUUGAACCUGAAGAACGUAAUUGUGAUGACUUUAAGGAGCGGGAAGGAAAUUCAGGGACCCGACCUCACUAUUUCAAAGGACAAGGAUGAGAAAAAAAUCGAAAACGAACUUGAGAAGGAGGGCAGUAAUGGUACAAAUCCAAAGGUACUUCCAUAUCCAACCAUUAUAGUAAAAACUAACUCACCUCCCUUUCCUAGCAGGUUCGAGAAACCGAGGAAGCAGGAUAAGGAGAAGGAGAUCCUGGAGGUAUUCCGCAAGGUGGAGAUCAAUAUUCCCCUAUUAGACGCCAUCAAACAAGUGCCGAAAUAUGCAAAGUUUUUGAGGGACCUAUGUGUCAAUCGAAGGAGGCUGAGGGGAGAUGAAAGAGUCAUCAUGGGGGAGAAUGUGUCUGCAGUUUUGCAGAGGAAGCUCCCACCGAAGUGCAGGGAUCCAGGUGGGUUUACUGUCCCAUGUAGGAUAGGUAAUAUUUUGAUUAGAAAUACCCUACUGGACUUGGGAGUAUCGAUCAACGUAAUGCCUGAAUCUAUGUAUGCUUCUUUGAAUCUCGGUCCAUUAAAAGAAACCGAGAUAUUAAUUCAAUUAGCUGACCGAACAAAUGCAUACCCUGAUGGGUUGAUCGAGGAUGUGCUGGUUAAAGUUAAUGAAUUGGUAUUUCCAACUGACUUUUAUGUACUUGACAUGGAUGAUGAUCAUUCCCCUGACCCUCACCUUUGCUACUAG